AAGAGAAGGGCGAGAGGGAAAUCCAGGGUUAGGGUUUGCAGCAAUGGAGGGUUGGGACCCAAACACGAAAUCGGCACUGACGCAGAUCCCUCUUCUAUCCAUAAAAGCAGGUCCACGCGACGGAGCAGCAUGGACGCAGAGGCUGAAAGAGGAGUACAAGGCAUUGAUAGCCUACACAGGGAUGAACAAGUCCAACGACAACGAUUGGUUCAGAAUAUCGGCGGCCAACUCUGAAGGAACCAGGUGGACCGGCAAGUGCUGGUAUGUUCAUAACCUCCUCAAAUACGAGUUCGACCUGCAAUUUGAUAUCCCUGUCACAUAUCCCUUAACUGCCCCCGAGAUCGAGCUUCCUCAACUCGAUGGCAAGACCCAUAAGAUGUACCGAGGAGGGAAAAUUUGUUUGACCGUGCAUUUCAAGCCUCUCUGGGCCAAGAACUGCCCUAGAUUUGGCAUAGCUCAUGCGCUUUGUUUGGGUCUUGCACCAUGGCUCGCAGCGGAAAUUCCGAUACUCGUGGAUUCUGGAAUGAUUAAGCACAAAGAUGACUCGGCUUCAUCCAGCGAGUCUUAGCAAUUGUUUGUAUUGUUAAGGCUGUAAAAGUAUUGGUCAUCAAAGCUUGGUGAAAGAAAAUAAAUGCUGGGGUAUGAUUAUGCAAUUUUCGAGAUGGUCCCUAAGGUGUACAAUUUAUCAACAGAUAUUAUAAACUCAAAAUCUAUAUGAUUAGAAAAUUUCUCUCCAA